ACACACACACACACACACACACACACACAAACAGAGAGAAAGAAGAGAGGAGUGUUGAGAAUUUGAGAGAGGCUUUUGUUUGUUGUUUCGUAAUAUCCACUCCCUUCCUAUCCUCAUUUCAUUUCUCUCUAUAUAUCUCUUCUUCUCUUAUUACUUUCUUACUUUUCAAUUCUCUCUCUCAGAGAUAUUUUUCAAAUUAGGGUUUUUGCCAAAAUUCCAAUUUCAAUUUCAAUUUCGUUGUUUCUCACAAAUUUUCCCAAUGGCCGAUUCAAUCGCCACCUCUCCUGCCCCUGCUUCUCUCCCCAGAGACCUCACCAAGAAAAAGAGGACGAACAAGAAAUUGAAGCAGAGCAAGCUCGACGUUCGGCGUGAACAAUGGCUUUCUCAAGUCAAGAACAAGGGAUGCAAGGUGGAUUCAAAUGGGAAGGAUGAGUCUCACUCAUCAUCCAUGCGAAUAGCCAAUGUGCAGAAUGGAUCACUGGAUAAUUUGGAAAUAAGAUCGAGAGGAGAGGAAAAUGAGGGCUCAAGCAUCCAUGAUAGUGAUUUGGAGUCCCUGAUGAAUAGCCCAAUUGGAAUCACGUUGGAUCACAAUGAUUCAAGUAAGGGUCUUACUGGGAGCAGCAGCAGUAUCACAAGCAGUGGUUGUUGCUCUGGAAAUGUCAGCGAGGAAGAAGAGGAUGAUGGGUGCGUGGAUGACUGGGAGGCUGUUGCAGAUGCUUUGUAUGCAGAUGACAAUCAGCACAAACCAAUUGCAGAGUCUCCUGCCGAACCUGAAACUAGGGUUGAAUCUGAUAAUCUUGAAGUACCUAACCAUAAUCCUGGAGUGGACUUGUCCAAAACAGAGAGUGGGAAAGUGGUACCUGAAUCACGUGUGAAUUGUCGAGCAUGGAGACCUGAUGAUGCUUGCCGUCCACAGAGUCUGCCCACUCUCUCCAAGCAGCACAGUUUUCCAAUGAAAUCAGAAUGGCAUUGUGGCCGUGGAGCUAUCACGUGGACGUGGCAAAGGCUCUCAUCCCAACCUUCUUCAUGUCCUAUCUGCUAUGAGGAUUUAGAUGUCACAGACUCUAGCUUUCUGCCAUGUUCAUGUGGAUUUCAUCUUUGCCUUUUCUGCCACAAAAGGAUUCUUGAGGCAGAUGGGCGAUGCCCAGGCUGCAGGAAGCAGUAUGAUCAGAUAAAUGUCAAUAUGUGCUUCAAUGAAAGGGUCGCUCCUUUCCAAUUAUCUCGUUCUUGUAGUAUGAGUACUAGGUUUUAGAAAGACAGUUUCCAUUCUUUGAAUAUUACUUUCACACUCUCUCUCUCUUAUGUUGCAGUCUUUUUUUUCCUCUUUUAAAUUCUAGGACUUCAAUUUUCCUUGAAGAUGAUAUGAGUAUAGUGAUAGAGGGGUUUGAAACAUUCAAAGAACUGAACUGGACUUUUAUUGAGUCUGAUCCUUAGCCGUAUGCUGUUUUGUGCAUGUUGAUUUAGGAAACUGAUGGAUUUCUGUGAAUACCCCCUAUAGAUACUUUGAAAAUAAAAAAAAUAAAGUACAAUAGUUUUACUUUCCAAUUUCUUCACUCUGGGAUAUGUCCUCUUGAUUUUUGAGUUGAAGUUUAUUUUUGUGUAAUAUUGCUGCUGGUGUUUUGUGUGAUGGUUGAAAGACUCCACUGAAUCUUCUGCAUUUUUAUCUUCCAAAUUGUGAUGAAGGGGGCUGCAUUUUCUAAGGAAGAAAAAAAAAACAUUGGUGGCUGUGUUGUAAUUGAUUCUUGGUUGAAUGUGAACUUAAUUAUAUGUUCCCAUUUUUAUACUUUUUUUUUUCACCUUCAUCUCCGGUCAUUUAUAUUGUCUAACAGAUUGUAUAUUUAUGUUUUUUUUUUUUUUUACUUGUCAAUUGCAUAAACUAUAGGUCUUUAGGCUGGAGGAAAAGAAAUUAGAGCUGGGGGCAGGGUACCUUGUCUUUGCUUGUUUCACAGCUAAUUGUAGAGGAUGAUGCCAGCUUGACGUGCUCGUUGUGUAUCAUGAAAAACUU